UGUGGUUGUAAGUUAAAGAAUGGUGGGAAAAUGUCACCUUGUGGUUAUCCUGGUUUCCAUCAUUGACACCUUUGCCAUAUCGAGGCACAUCCAUAGGGGUCAUCUCUUCUGCGUUGAGGUGUGUCUCCAGAAAAGAACCUGCUCUGCGGUUGUGUAUAACACCAUUCACAAUACCUGUCAGGUACAGCAUGAGACAGCAGAGGAAGAUGAGCUAAUCUUUCCAACAGCAUCCGUAUGGGGUCUGAGUCUUGAAGGUGCCUCGGAUCAAAUAGGCAACGAGACAUUCAAGAUGUGGUGUGUUCCCGCAAAAAAUGCACUGCAACAAGCUAUGCAUGAUAUUGUGUGCAUGGCGAACAGUGUGCAAGAUUCCUCCAACAAGAAGGAAGCGGAAGACAUAAAUGUUCAAAUAAAAAGCCCAACACUAGGUUCAAUUGGUGGAGUAGAAAACGCCACAUCCUCAAAUAAGUCCAUUUCAGCCGUGCAUACAACACUCAACAAACCAUCGGACGGAAAAACCAAUCGCUCAUCUGACUCCAGCAGGAAAUCCAGUGCAUCUGUACGCGUUACAGAGACAUUGCAUGGGCACCAAACAACAGGAGGUGGCUCCAUAGGUGGUGCAACAACGCAGGGUGGUUUUAGAGACAUUGCAACAAGAGGAGGUGGUUCAGGGGGCACUGCAACAGCAUUUGAUGGUUCUGAUGCAACAGCAAGUACGGAAGGGAGAACAGAUCGUACAACUCGAGAUGACGUGCAGCUCCAAUCAUUUAGAAAGACUAGAUCAUAUUUAGAUACAACAUUUGAUGGUUCUGAUGCAACAGCAAGUACGGAAGGGACAACUCGAGAUGACGUGCAGCUCCAAUCAUUUAGAAAGACCGGAUCACUUUUAGAUACGAGUAUAGAACAACAAAAAUCAACAGCUCCAAGUGUACCCAGAAGAUUCUCGACUGAGGAGGUUCCAGAGAGUAUCCAUGAAACAGUCACAGAUCAGGCAGCUUCGAGGGAUCACUCAAUAUCUGUAGAACAGUCUACUCAUCAUGUUAAAUGCACAUGUAAGUUACAUUUCGAUGAUAAUUAA